AUGAGCCUCGUUCAAUCCCUACCAAAGCUGGUGCUUUUGGCUGUCCAUCUCACCAUCCAUGCCGAUAUUGACAGCUUGGCCUUUCUCGCCUCCCGACAUGCCGCUGUGUUGCGCAAAGACAUUCUACUGCGCAUACUUCUGACCUACCUUCCAGAGACGGUCCAAUCCAGAGACUAUGUUUCCUUUAUAGAAGAGCUCUCUAGCGGCGAGUACGCCGACCGUGAAGCCAGCGACAUCGAUUAUGCUGUUGUAGAGAACCUCUCAGAUGAGGAUGCAGCAAAGAAAGUUCGCAAGCUUCACCUGCUUCCUCUGUCUUGGGAAGAUGCGCCCAUAGACACAGAAGACGACCCAGUGGCCCUUUUCUUGCUCCGUCGAGCUCACCGUGUCGACGAGGAGGCCGGCUUGCUCACCCAAGUGCCCGAGCUUCUCGGCCCCUUUCUCCAAUAUGCUCCUGGUAUCCGCGUUUGGAUGGUCUCGACUUUGCUGCCAUUGCUAAGGAGAAACUACGAGUACUAUCCGGCCGACAGCAUACCAUACACGUUAGCCGAGUUCCAGAAUCUCCCCGAUGGUGCCGCCGUCGGUGCUCUUCUUGCCCAAACGGGAGUACGACAGGAGGAUUAUGGCCUCAUCGGUAGAGACCUGAGAGGGAUGCUCGUGCCUUGGCUGCACGAUGAUGCCCGGUGGAAACGGGUGGAGCAAGAUAAUUCCUCUGGGGAGGCCGUGUCCAGUCCAGGUUGGGAGCGUUUUCUUGAAUGGCUUCUGGUACAGAGCUCCAGCUCUUGGAAAGUUGCUGUUGCUGCAGUCGAGCAGUGGGGGGGUGCAGUUGAUGUUGACCUCGGAGACUAUGAUGUCGUUUGGAUGAGUGAACAGCAGCAACAAUAUCUGGACCGCCGAUAUGCUCGGGCAAUCAUGGCUGGUGCGUACUUGGUGCCUGAUGCCACCGUCGAAGCGCUCGAGGGCGCCCAUCAAAUGUUGAGAAAGGUCAUGGACCUCCUCGGUCAGGAUGACAUAUUGUCCUUGCGCGAGGGAGCAGACACUUUGUCUGCAGUCGCUCACUUGGAGGACGACGGUAUCCUAUCUCACAAAAAUACGGCGUUCAUGCGAGACGAUCUUCUUAAGGAAUCAAACCCUCUCACUACUCCGUCAAUGAAGUCGACGCAUCUACUUCACGCUCUGAUCCUCAGCGCGUUCAUACUGACCCAAGCCGGACUGCCCUGCACCAUCAAACGGGUUGGAGACUUGACGUUCAUCCAAGACGAACGAGACCAGAAGGCCGAGGUUGUCAAGCUCAUUCACGCCGUUGCUGAAAGGGCUCCCAAGAAUGACGAGAAGUUCUGGGUAAAGGCACGAAACAAAGUAAUGUGGCUCCGGAACUGGGGCAUCAGCGUCUCGCCGAACAGCCCGGUGAUGGGAGUAUUUGCCAGGGUCGAGCUGGAGGUCAUUGAAACAGAAAUACUAAGGGCUCUUAUGUCUAGUGCACGGUACUCACUCGCAAGAUCACUAUACGAAGAUACUGGCGAGAAGCCAUUGCCAGCGCAAACCGUCCAAGAGACCGUUAUUACCGCUGCUUUAAACGCUUACGACAACGCAUCAAACCCGAAUCGUACAAGGGGUGGCCUCAGAAAGUGCGACGAAAUUAUCAAUGCAUUCCCUGGAACCAUCACCGACUCGCUCCCAGAACGACGCCGAAUCGACUCUCUGCUGAAGGCAACGCACGCUCUCAGCGAGUACCGACUGGUGCUGAGGCAAGGCGAGCCCUUCAGUCCAGUUGUUCUCCGUAUCCAUUCGGAUCCCGUAUCCAUCAUCGGCAAGGUCCUGGAGCAAAACCCCAAGAGCUACACACGCAUCCAUGACCUCUUAGACGUGGGCUCUAACAUGGUUCGCGCAGGGCUUGUGGGCCGAGGCAAAAAGAGGGUCUCCGUUUAUGUUGCAGGGGACGAGAAGGCCCAUAUUGACACCACGGAGAAACGCAUCACCGCCAUGUGCAUCGAGGCAGCUCUCAAGGAGGACGACUUCGAAACGGCGUACUCGUAUGUCGUCAACAGGCUCAGUGGCCAGGUCGAUCGUUCGACGACAGCUUCUGCGGCGAAGCUCGAGGACGACUGGUCAUGGAGGGCUGCACUGCAGGCGGGACAGUAUAUCAGAACGGCACGGACGGUCCGCCCGACACACCUGGGUAACGCUAGCGGAAACCCCGACAUCCGGCACCUGGAACAACGCAUCGAUUGUCUCGCCACGGCCCUACGUAUUGCCCCGCCUUCACAACUGCAGGAGAUUCUCAAGACGUUUCGGCGCUGUGAGGAGCAGCUCGACUCGGCGCUCCAGGAAGAGGCCGCUCGGGAAGCCGACCUCGACGCCGCCGCUGCCGACAUCAAUUCUGGUAUGCCCGGCGGCUUCGAUGCAGUCCCGACGGCAGCUCGACCUUACAAGCCAGUGGGUCCCCAGCAGACCCGCUCGUCAGCGGGCACCAGCAAGGCUGGCGACGACGCGCCCAUGUCGUUAUUCGACUUGUCUCGCGCCACAGCCCGCGCCGCCUCGCGCAACUUUGCAGCACUUUCCACACUGCAGCAGUCCGCCGGCGGUAAGACUCUGACGCCGGCUGCUGCUUCGGCGGCAUCGGUGCCAAUCGGCGACGGGGACCUCCACGAUGAUCACCCCAGAGCGAGGAAGCGCGAUCAACUUCGUGACGCUGCAAUGGGGACCUUAACGUCCGGCGUGGGUUGGCUCAUUGGUGCGCCUGCGUCAGUGCCUAGCCCACAACAGGCACCAAGGGAGGACUGA